AUGGUGGAAGAGGAUCAGGUCAGGGAAUACUUAAGCAAGCUGGACAUGGCAACUGGGAGAAGUGUCCGAGGACUGGAAGAAAGCAAAUGUCACUCCUACUUUCAUAAGGGCAGGAAGGAGGACCCAGGGAAUUACAGGCCAAUCAGCCUCACCUUGAUCCAUGGGAAUGUGAUGGAGCAAUUAAUCCUGGAAACCAUUUCCAGACACAUGAAGGAGAAGAAGGUGAUUGGGAGUGGCCAGCAUGGAUUCACUGAGGGGAAAUCAUGCUUAGCCAGCCUCAUAAACUUUGAUGAUGAAAUGACUAGCUUGGCGGGCAAGGGCAAAACAGUGGCUGUUGUCUACCUGGCUUUCAAGACUGUCUCCCAUAAGAUUCUCACAGAGAAGCUGUUGAUGUACAGGCUGGAUGAGCAGACAAGUAACUUUAACUUUUUAUUUCCAGCCACCAAAGUUCUUGGCACAGUCAAGUGGUUCAAUGUCAGAAAUGGAUAUGGCUUUAUCAACAGAAAUGAUACCAAAGAAGAUGUGUUUGUUCAUCAGACGGCAAUAAAGAAAAACAACCCACGGAAAUAUCUGCGCAGUGUCGGUGAUGGAGAGACUGUAGAAUUUGAUGUGGUCGAGGGAGAGAAGGGUGCAGAAGCAGCUAAUGUCACUGGUCCAGAUGGAGUCCCUGUAGAAGGCAGCCGCUAUGCUGCAGACCGGCGUCGCUAUCGACGUGGCUAUUUUGGCCGACGCCGUGGGCCACCUCGAAGUGGUGGUGAGGGAGAAAUCAAGGAUGGGGUUACAGAAGGAGGACAACUUCAUCAACAAGUCCAUAGGAAUCCCACGUAUCGUCCCCGCUAUCGCAGAGGGCCGCCACGUCCACGCCCUGCCCCAGUGGCUGGAGAGGCUGAAAACAAAGAGAACCACCAUGAGGCCAGUGCUAUGAGCCAGCAGCCACUUCGCCGUGGGUACAGGCGCCCAUACAACUACAGGCGUCGACCUCGUCCCCCCAACGCUCCAGCUCAGGAUGGGAAAGAGACAAAGGUGACUGAAACACCUGCUGACAAUCCUGCUCCAGUGACCGAGCAGAGUGGUGCUGAGUAACGUCCGGCUCCCCAGGCACCUUUACCAUCCCUCAGGUGUCCUAAAAUACAACUUAAAAGUAACACCAAAGAAACACACAAGCAAUAAAUUGUCAACAGUGAUGACUAAAGUGAAGAUUUGAAACAUCAGAACUUAAAAGAAAAAAAAUAUACCAGCAGCUGAGAUCCAGGGAACGCCUGCAAGAUAGAUGCAUGAAGAGAAAAAGAGAGCGAGAUUCAGAAAGAGCAACCUCCCCAGUUUCAACAGCAACUGUGGGGUUUUGGUUUUUUUUUUUUAGAAUUUCACUGUUUCGCUAGUAUUGAAUUUUUCAAUUUUUCUUUUGGUAUCAAACUGAAAAGGGAAAAAUAACCCAACCAAAGAACUGAAAUUAAAAUCAAAUGCUUUUUUUAUUGGAUGCUGGUGCUAAACCUCCCAGGUGUGAUGAGUUUUUUUUUUUCUGUGCCAGUCCUGUUCACUGCAGGACACGGGGAGGAGAAACUUCCGCUUUCCUUGGUAAGAUCUAUUUGAAACUGUGCAGCAUGGGUGACGUUCCUCACAAAUAAAAGUGAUUUCAACUACCAAAAA